ACAAUUCACUACUGAACUGUUGCCAAUAUAAACUUCUUUAUAACUUCUCAAUCAAGACUCCACAUUUGCUGGGGCCCCUAAAAAGACAAAAUGGAACCAAACUUCUUCCCCAAACCCACAACCCCUCAGUCCAGCAAAACCGAACUCCAAAUCGGAGGAAUCAAAGUAUACAUUUUCGGUCUCGCACAAGCCAAGGAACAAGGACACACCGAUCUGGGAGUACUAUACAUUGCGCACGGAAGAACAAGAACGUAUCGUGAUAGCGAAGGAUUGGCGCAUGAAAUUCUACAUCAGGUUCGAUCUGAUACUAAACCCAAAAAGGCGGGGUUGAUUGUCGUUGCGGUUGAUGCGCGGAAUCAUGGGGAGAGGAAGUUGAAUGAACUGACGAACAUGGGAUGGAAUGAAGGAAAUGAAUCCCACGCACAAGACAUGCUCUCCUCUAUCUCUGGUGGUGCACACGACUACGAACUCCUCAUAGACUAUCUACCCACCUACCUCACGGAAUUCAACAACUUCUACAACUUCAUGUCCGGUAUUUCCCUAGGAGGCCACACAUCCUGGCGCAUAGCAACCUCCUCCGUCGCGCAAAGGGGGAAACUUCACGGUCUCGCCAUUAUUAUCGGAUGCCCGAAACUUACGUCUUUACUGCUGGCUCGUUUAGGAGUCGACCUGGAAGCUACAGCAAGUAAAUUUGACGUCUCUGAAGAUUUGAUUCAUAUUAUACCGUAUGAUAAGCUAUCGACUAUAUUAACUGAGGAACAACAACGACGAUGGCCAAGGGCACUUGCGAAUUUGGUCACGGAAAUGGAUCGAGUGACUGAACAAGCGUACCCAAGGAAUAUUCCGACGUAUAUUCUAAAUGGGAGACUUGAUCCGUUGGUGCCGGAUAAGUUUACGGCGCAGUGGGUGAAGCAAAGGAAGACGGAGGGGUAUCAGAAUAUUGAGUACCUUGCGCAGGAGAAUACGGGUCACGCGUGUACGAAUCAGAUGGUAGAUAAUGUUUCAGGGUGGUUGGUAAGGAUGCUUAGGAAAUAGGGGUGGUAUGUAUAUUUCUAUGCGAUCUUUGUACAUAGCUGGGUUGCUAUCUCCAUAACUUUACUGUCGGUUCAGGUUCGUCACCUACUCCGUUGGUACUCGUGUAGAGAUUAUCGCAUAUACACACCAGUGUGACCACAAUUCAUAUAAUCUGCAUC